AUACUGCUCUGAAUUGUUCCCAAAUUCGAAACACAGCUGACAGCGAUUUCAAGAAUGAACCAUACAACACUUAAUAAUUUAACCUCACAAAUGUGUCACCCUAGAGGUUGUAACGUUUCUAUUGUAAAUUACUCACUUCUUCAGACACUUCCUAGAAUGGACAUGAAGAAAAGGCACAUUGAAUGGGAUCUUCUUGUGCCAAAGGUGGAACUGAUCGGACAGUAUAAGGUUGAUGGUAAAAUUCAUGUUCUACCAAUUGCUGGAAAUGGAAACGGGAGUAUAACACUGAUUAACCCAAAUGUAACUUUCAUUGUUGAUUUCAAUAAAGAGAAGAGAAAUGGCAAGGAUUAUAUCAAAAUUAUGUCACACAGAAUCAAGUUCGACUGUUCAAGAGUGUAUUUCAAGCUCGAUCAUCUGUUCACAGAGAUAAACUUCUUGAGGACGACUUUGGCCACCAGAAAUCCAGGACGACCAGGAAAUUCGGAUCAAGUAAAGUGGUGAGGAAUCCGA